AUGCUAAGUAUUUGGCAGUGUCCCGGCGGCCAGGUGGUUUCGGCCGUGUCCGGCGGCCAGGUGGUUUCGGCCGAGUCCGGCGGCCAGGUGGUUUCGGCCGAGUCCGGCGACCAGGUGGUUUCGGCCGAGUCCGGCGACCAGGUGGUUUCGGCCGUGUCCGGCGGCCAGGUGGUUUCGGCCGAAUCCGGCGACCAGGUGGUUUCGGCCGUGUCCGGCGACCAGACGGCUUCGGUUCGAGUCACAACAAAUAUAGCAGAUAAAAUUACAUUAAAUAAAUCUCUCUCAAUACAAAUCUGUUCAUACGAUUUCUCUCUCUCUCUCUCUCUUUCUCUCUCUCACAGUCUGUCGCUCCCGGUGUCUUGUCUGUCGUUCUCUCUCUCUCUCUCUCUCUCUGAGUCUGCCUGUCGCUCGCUCUCUUUCUCUGCCGCUCUCUUUCUCUCUGAGUUUGUCUGUCGCCCUCUUUCUCACUCUGAGUCUGUCGCCCUCUUUCUCACUCUGAGUCUGUCGCUCUCUCUAUCUAUCUCUCUGAGUCUUCUGUCUCUCUCUCGCUUUCUCUCUCUCUCUGUGAGUCUGUCUCUUUCUCUCUCUGUCUCUCUGUCUUUCGCUCUCUCUCUGUCUCUGAGUCUGUCUCUUUCUCCCUCUGUCUCUCUGUCUGUCGCUCUCUUUCUCUCUCUCUCUUCUGUCUGCCACUCUCUCUCUCUCUCUGAGACUGUCGCUCUCUCUCUCUCUCUGAGACUGUCGCUCUCUCUCUCCCUUUCUCUCUCCGUAGCUGAAUCUGUACAAUGGUAG